UCGCGGGACCUGCCACCGGAAGCCGGGUUUCUACUUCCGGGUCAAAGCCAUGGCGGUGGCAAAUUCAAGUCCAGUCAAUCCAGUGGUCUUCUUCGAUGUCAGCAUUGGCGGCCAGGAAGUUGGUCGCAUGAAAAUCGAGCUCUUUGCAGACGUGGUGCCUAAGACGGCAGAGAACUUUAGGCAAUUCUGCACCGGAGAGUUCAGAAAAGAUGGCGUUCCGAUAGGAUACAAAGGAAGCACCUUCCACAGGGUCAUAAAGGAUUUCAUGAUUCAGGGUGGAGAUUUUGUUAAUGGCGAUGGCACUGGAGUCGCCAGUAUUUACCGGGGUCCAUUUGCGGAUGAAAAUUUUAAACUUAGACACUCUGCUCCAGGCCUGCUUUCCAUGGCAAACAGUGGUCCCAGUACAAAUGGCUGCCAGUUCUUUAUCACGUGUUCUAAGUGUGAUUGGCUGGAUGGAAAGCAUGUAGUGUUUGGAAAAAUCAUUGACGGACUUCUAGUGAUGAGGAAGAUCGAGAAUGUUCCCACAGGCCCCAACAAUAAGCCCAAACUGCCAGUGGUGAUCUCACAGUGUGGGGAAAUGUAAUCUAGACAAGACGGAACCAGGUGAAAGGAUGUUUUCUAAAGCACACACAUGGAAGAAUGUUUCGCUGAAGCAGACACAAAAAGAAACGCACCAAAAAACUGCUAGUGGUGUUCUGGAGACUUCUGGCUGCUUCAGACUUGAGCCGAUUGGCAGAAUGAUGUCAGCUGAUGCUAAUUCACGUGGUGUUUGCUGAGGACAUGUGAUGUUUGGAGGGAGUAUGAACAAGGCUCAGUGGACGGUGGUGGUGGGCUUGCAUAGCUACCUUUGCAACACGUCUUUGUCUUCACUGAUCUUCACUUUGUUGAGAGAGGCACGACAGAGAACUUUGCUUGGCAUCCCAGCCGGUCCUGGUCAAUCCCGCUGAUUCAGCGGAGGUCUGGCUGUUUCUGCUGGGUAGUGCCAUUGCUGCUAAUUCAUGUUUGCUAUCCUGACUACUGAACUGGACUGCUGGUAUCCUGGCAAUUGGAGAUUGAAAUCUCCCCAAGGAACUUCUUCCAAACCACAUACAGCAGAGCCUCUCAGUUUCCUCUGGAUGGACCUGCUGUUGCUGAUUCUUGUGAAGUGAACUGAUGAUGGAUUUGCUCCAAAGAACUAUUUCUAAGCAAGUCCACCUCCCCCGUAACCUAAUAACCGUUCCCAUUCUUUCUGCUGGGUGGUGAACUGAAUAGAAGAAAGGUUAAAGCAUUUAAGAAACCUUACUAAAAGUCACUUAUUAAAAGCCUACACCAGGGCCUGGUUCUCACUAUACUACCUUGUCUAGCCUGUCUCCAACUCAUGGAGGUGCCCUGUCUGCCUCGUGCCUGCUGAGAUGGAAGGCAUGCACCAACAUGGCUGCCAGUCUCUUUUUCACAUACAGAUCUAGUCAAAUACCAAACCUCAGUGACUGUGUCAUCAUCAUUUGUGACAGGCAUGUGCUCAGAGCAUCUGGAAUGUAUAGGCAUUCAGUAAAACUUAUGCCUGAGGUGCUGGGGAGAGAAUACCAGACAUUUUAGGGAGGGGGUCGUGGUGAGCAGUGCUGAGACAGCAAGCACAACUGCAUGCUGGGAGCUACAUGUGGAUCUUUCUUGCCUAUACAAAUGCUUCCUUCUCAGGCUGAACAGAUACCGUGAGCCUUUCUGUCACAAUGGGGAUUCCCCUGGGCUCAACCUGCUCCCACUUCAAGAGCUCUUGGCGAUUCUUUCCCGUUCUCACUCAUUUCUUCCAUAUCUCUAAUGAAGAGUUCAUAAGCUGACCCCUGAUCAUCACUAGAUGAUAGAAGAUUACAAACAGACUCAAAAAAAAAAAAAACAUUUAAGAAAUAUCAUAUAAUCUACCCAAAACUUCAGGUCUCUGGUCACACCUGUGGGGAUUAUGUUUUGUAGUGGUCCCUUUGGCCAUUGUCACUCUCCUUCUUUUUGUUUGUUUUUUUUUUUUUUGAGACAGGGUUUCUCUGUAUAGCCCCAGAUGUCCUGGAACUCACUUUGUAGACCAGGCUGGCUUCGAACUCAGAAAUCCGCCUGCCUCUGCCUCCCAAGUGCUGAGAUUAAAGGCUUGUGCCACCACGCCCGGCUAGCCAUUGUCACUCUCAAUCCCAUGAGGGUUUGUUGCCACUUUGCUUUGUAAUAAAUUCUGUCU